UCAGUUGAGAUAUGCACCAAGUAAUUCUAACGUGCAACCAGGUUAGGGAACUACUGGUCCUGACAGAGUUUGUUCAAAGAUUUGUCACCACUUGCAUCGGAACGAAUUUUGCUUUUGAAGCAAAUACUCCAAGAAUAGUAUUAAAGCUAGGUUUUUUCUGCAGUGUAGUAACGCAGAGGCAUAUACCUUUAUUUAAAAUAGUGUGUUUGCUCAUUUGCUCAACAACGAAGGGUUUUAGAUGAGCUAAUGACGAGCCUUCGAUUGAAAUGUGUAAGUUGCCUUUUCCCACUCCGGUUGAAGUAUUACAACAAUGCCUGAUGAUUUUGUACUAGGUAUUGAGCGAGUUUAAUAAGAUACAUUAUCUUAAACUGAGACAGAGGGGCCGAUCGUGCACAGCUCACGUUUUGGGCAACAGAUUCGAGGUGACUGAUGUUCGCAUGUUUGGUGAUACUCGAAACUAAUUCAUUCGGGCAAUAAGUUUAUUAAGUCUAAGGUCAUUUGUAGGGAAUUGUUUUCCUUCCCUAUUAGAGAAAAACCUCAUCGAGAGGAGACUGUGGAGUGUUAAAUGCAGUUGAUGAAAUGAAACGUUGUCAAGCGUAGCAUUGAAAGGAGAAACGGGAAAGGAAUUCACUUUGGUAUUUGUUGUUGCUGUUGCCUGUUUUGUUUUGCCUGUCGGUUUCCAGUGUAGAGUUUUCCCCCUUCUAAAUAUGAUAAUCAUCUCUGCUUAAGGCUUGCUUUACUUCCUGCUGAUUUAGAAAUAUCUGAUAGGGGAUUGAGCUUUCCAGUGUGGGACAACGCUGCUUCAACAUCCCUGUAUCUUUUAGAUAAUCUUGUUCCAAAUUCAUUCCUUGUCUCUUGAGCAGUGGGUCUGCCCCUGUCCGAAUAAAUGACCCACUCUGCAGAGCGUCCACAUGACAUCUUACCAAUAAUGAGUGUCCUCUCAUCUGCGCAUCCUUUUUUGGGUGAAACCUGAAGCAUUCAUUCUUAUAACUCAGCUUUCCUCGCAAUGCGGGUAGAAGGAGCAGCCUGAAAAAGAAAUGCCCCACUCUGCAGCACAUUAAAGCCAGUGACCUCAAAUUCAGGUGUCUCUAUGAGAACCGGAAGAGAAUGAUCUUUUCCAGAUCUACCCCCCCCCCCCAACACAUAAAAUGACAUGCGAGUUUCUCACUCUCCCCCAAAGGUACUUCUCCAGGUAGGAUAUUGGACCUGCCUCCCUGGGGAUCCGUAUUUACUAGUCUCUCAGUUGAGAGACUCUCAUAAAGAAAGCAUCCCUAAGGGGCACCUGUGCUAUUGCUGCCAAAAGCCUCUUUUUGUCAGUUGAUGUCAUGCACGGCGCCUCUGUUUACCACGCACACCGUAGACCUCAGGGUUUGCUUGCUCUCACUAUCCCCUUCCUAUCUGUUCCGCACCACUCUGCCUCGUUCACCUUUCCUAAAACGCCCCUUUCCUCGUGUUCCACCUCUCCCCCAAAUCGUGAAGUGCGUCUUCCUACUGGUCCAUGGUACGACACUCCCAAAGUUUUCUAAAAUGCCUGCCUCUCUUCCCUCGAACACAGUCCCUCCCCUUAUUCCUGGAGGUGAUGGCCUCAUCAGCUUUCUGUUCUGCUUCCUCCUGCUGCCCUGGCCUCUGUUCGCACACAUUUCUGUGCUUCUAUCCAUCAGGGCUUUGGGCACCGGGUCCAUAAGGGAUUCGUUGAGAAAAAGGUCACCGGCUUGAUAUAGCCUAGGGGUUAAACGCGUGGCAUUUGGAAACAGACCCCCGGGUCUGAACUGCUUACUCCCUAGUCGUGCAAGUUACUCAAGCACCCUGUGUCUCUGUUUUCUUGUAUGCAAUACAGGGAAAAUCCUACGUAUCUGCCUCUAGAGUAUAGCCAGUAUCCACGGAGGGAAUAAGCACAGACUACAUGUUAGAUGUUCUUUAUUACAGUUUGACUCUUUCAGAUCCAUGGCCUCAAGUAACUUUCCAGCUACCCAAUACCUGGCUUUGCCUUCGAUGGUAGAUCUUUAGAUCUGAAGGAUCUAAAAUUCACUCUCCCACUCUCCCACUCUCCCUGCAAAUGGGUCACAGUAGUAGCAGGAGGAUGAUAGAAAUCAGACCAAGGUCAAGUGCUGGGGCGUGGGGGGAGGGCAGAUAGCUGCGGUUAAGGACUUGUCACCUCACUUCUGCAAGCUCUGAUCCAUCCAGAGGUAGAGUCUGAUGGAUAAUUAAACUUAAAGAUACCACAUUUUUAUUGUGCUCUUUAAGGUAGCAGAAGGACUGAAAUGUCCUUCACAAUUUGCAUUUUUUAUGUAUAAUCAGAAAGAAUAUUAAGACCUUAAUUUGCCGAUUCUAUGGUAUUGGUCGAGAGAGGUUAAUUGGACCAAUGAAGUCACUAUUGUAUCAGUCAUGAAUGUCAUCUAAAUGAAAUUUCACUAUGCCAUUUUUUCAUAGUAGGUCCUAAUUCUGAAAGACAAAAGCAUCACCUGUUUCUAAAUGUUGACGAUAUAUUAUUUAGAAACUGAAGGAUGCCAUUAGACAUAUAUUUACCUUCUUGCUCAUAAAAGACUUUCUUCAUCUCCCACAAAAUGAUUUAUAAUGAUUAGUUUUUAUUUUAUCAUCCAGUUGACCAACUGCUUUCUUUCCAUGUGAAAAUGUAGACAGUCAAGGAAUGGGCUGUUAUGUGGUUCAGUGGGGAGAAGUACAGGAGAGGUUCCAGGGGCUAGGACUCCACAUUCAGGCUCUUCAGAUUUGUUAUCUGUGUGUACAGAGGAAUAUAGGAAGGUGAGGUUAGCUGCUACAUCACAUAUAUCCUAAAAUCCCACUGUACAAGUUUACUCCUCACUCAUGUGGUCAGAGUGUCCACGACUGGUGGGAUGCCUUGCUCCAAGCAGUGAUUCAAGGACCCAGGCUCUGCUGUCUUCAACAUGAGAAGAUGUUGAUUCGAUUAUCUGUGGCUGCAUAACAACCACCCCAAACCUUAGUGCUUAAAACAACAGCCGUGUUAUUUGCUCAUGGUUCUUCCAUCUGAGCUGGGCUCAGCUGAACAUUUCUGCUGGCCUUGACGGUGGUCACUCCUGAGGCUUUAUUCAACUAGGAGGUUGGCUGGAGGCUGGAUUUAGCUGAGAUGCUGGGACCGCUAAGCUUUUUCCCACUCUCCAUGUGGCCUCUACACAUCUCUCUCCACACGGUCUCUCCAGUACAGUAGCCAGACUUAAGACGUGGUGCUUCAAGGGUCCCACGGAUGCAACAUGGCUGGCCCAUGAUCAAAGGGCGGGGGGCGCUAGGACGUGACCGUUGAGAAGUGUGGUUUGAGAACUGUUGUCUCCAGGCUUUAUGGGUCAGGGCUAGAAGUGAAGCUUGUCACUUUCUCCCACAGUCCAUUGGCUAGAGCUUAGCGAUAUGACUGCUGCUACCUGCGGAGGAGGCUGGGAAGUAGAGUUGAGCUGGGUGCCCAAGAGAAAGAGAGUCCGGGAGCAGUCAGCCAGUCUUUUCCUCCAUCUCUCUGCCUCUGUAAAAUAGAGUGGUGGAAGGGAGUGAAUGCAUGACACAUGUACACGGCUUAGUACUUAAUACAUGCUCAGUGAAUUUCUCUUAUCAUCAUCAUUGUUACCGUUUGCUUUGUGCAGCGACUACUUGAUUUUAUUCCAGUUAAAUCAAAACACAUGGCAGCGGAUGCCAUGCACAGGAACAUGGGCUUUGUCCAGGAGCUGAAGAGGAAACAUCAAAGGGUUUUAGGCAAGAGUGUUGUAAUCAGAAAUGUAUUCACCCCCCCCGAAUUUGACAUAGUGGUUCUAUAAUAUUUUUGCCCUGAAUGUGCAAAAUGUCCCCAACAGCAUGAGCAGAAAUAAUCCAGAAGAGCCAAAGAAGAAGGUGGAGUGAAUACUUAAUGGCAUAGUUGUUGCUUGGUACUCUUGGCUAGUGAAGAGUCAAAUGGAUAAAAGAUCACAGUUGUGUUCUCGCAUUUUUGUGGUUAGCAAGCUCUCCCGUGGAAUGGACCUUUUAAUUGCUUCCUGAUAUUUAUUUCUCAGGCUGUUUGGGUGACUUUGGGCCUCUUAUUGGUUCUCUUAUUGGUUCUACUUAAAGACUGGAUAUUUAAAUAAAAAGAAGGUUCUGUAUCUUCGCCCUUUGUUUUUCUGGCUUGAGUGCGUUUUUCCAAAGAAUGCCAGAUACACAGCUUCUCCAUUGCUCUGCAUUGCCUCUCCAGGCCAAACUUGGUUCCACUCUGAAAACAGAUCAGGGAUUUCUCAAGACAUUGUCUCUUGAGGUUGAGAUUAUUCAUUUAAAGACAUAGUCACCUUCUUAUGAAACAUGCGUUGACUUGACAGUGUAUGACUCCAUUAAGUAGCUGAUUUAACAAGCCACUCCAGUCUUUGGUUAUCAUUCUUAUUAAAUUGCCGUGUCUAUUUCUCAUUAGACAGUUGAGACAUGGCCCUGACCGGUGCGGGUUGUGGCCUGUGGCUUUGUCUUCCACUUCAUUUGUAAGCCUCGUAGUGGUUGGGAUCACAGCUGUGGUACUUAUGAGCUGUGAAUCUUUGGGCAUAGUACUUAACCUCUCUGAACUUCUGUUUCCUCAUCUGUAAUAUGGGAUGUGAUGUAACCCACUUUUUAUAAUUCCUUUAGCAGUUAAUGAAUAAAAUGCUUAGGAAAAUGUCCAGCGCUUAGUAAGCUCACAGUGAGAACUACAUGUUGUUUUCAUGUACUCAUAAACUAAAAGAUCACUGGCCUAACCAUGACAAGUGAAUUGCAUACUUAUCAAUUUCAUGCGAAAUAUUAUAUUAAAUAAAUUUAAAUGAGGAUCUGAAUUCCAUUUGCGAGUGUCCAGAUUACACAAACCAUAUUCAGUAUCUGCUGGAAUGAUGACUGUUUUCAACAUCUGCACGUCGGGGGUAGUGGAUAUGGAGGUGUGUAAAUCUUGACUCUGAAUUUCUCUAUACGUGUAAUCGUUCUGGGAAAGAAAACCAUCUGAUGUGUUUUAUUGUUUUCAAAUUCCUUUCUCUUGCUAAAUAAAUCCCAGCAGCAGCAGAAGCUGUGUGUGGCUUCUAUCAAGUGAUGAUUAACCUCACAGAAUCCUAGCAAAAAACAUACCAAAUCUCGAAGUUUUGGGUAAGAUCAUCCGUGAAAUCAUUUCUCAGGUUGUCGGUUAUAAUCACAGCAGUUCUUCGGUUGGAAUUCACUCUAGACCACAAAAGAACUAUAACUUCGUAUCGACUGGAAAACAAAAAUGUCUUUUUGAAUUGUGUUUGCUUCAGUGCUAUGUGGUAUACAUGGAGAUCAAGGUAAUUAGUGAUCGGGGUAUGGUUUUAGUCUUUCCUUUUCUUUCUGCUCUUCACGGAGUUCUCUUCGUCAGCCCCAACUCCCACCUGCACCCUCUUAAACAUGGCCACGUGGUUAUGUCCACGCCGCCCUCCACACCCUCCUGUUCAGGAAAUGAACAACUUCUCAAGGACUAUUGUUUCACAAAGAGCAUAAAAUUCAGAGCAUGUGUUAUGCUUCGGUAUAAAAGAGAAAGAAAUCUUUUCCUUUUUAAAUGCUUUUUUCCUGGUCUUAGGAAAAUGAACAAGCCAGUGGUUUUAAAAUAUAAUUUAGGAAUUGAGGAUUUGUCCUACACAAAGAAAGCAUCCUGUGUACUUUAUCAUGCUCUCAGGGAUUUUACCCGAGGCUUCCAACAUUCUUUGCUUGAUUCCUAAUAAGGACACUUUGCACAGUUACAAUCCAAUUACCAUUUGUAGAUCCCUGUGGAAAAGAGGAUUUUUUUAAAAGAGGAAUCCUUUCCUCACUCCAGAAUAUCUCUUCAAAAUAGCCUUAUUAAUGGGGCUCCUGGGUGGCUCAGUGGCUUGAGCGUCCGACUUCGGCUCAGGUCACGAUCUCGUGGUUCAUGGGUUCGAGCCCCGCCUCGGGCUCUGUGCUGACAGCUCGGAGCCUGGAGCCUGCUUCGGAUUCUGUGUCUCCCUCUCUCUCUGCCCCUUCCCCGCUCAUGCUCUGUCUCUCUCUGUCUCUCAAAAAUGAAUACAUGUUAAAAAAAUUUUUUUAAAUAGCCUUAUUAAAAUAAAAGUCAGGAAAACCACUUUCAAUUUCUCUGCAUUCUUUUUGUCCCUCCCCCCCUUUCUACACACACACACACACGCACACACACCGACUCACUCACACGCUCACUCAGUGACACAGCCUGCCUCCAUUCCGAAGGGACAGGAACUUCUCAAUGGUCCAAUGACAAGAUUGCAUUUUUUGGUCCCAAGAUUCACGGUAGCAGAGGUCUCUGGCAACACAAAGUAUCCUGAGAAUCACAGCUAUGCCAGCUGGGCCUUUUCUCAGAUACUCGAUGUAAUCUGCCAUUGCAGGAUCCAUUUUUCACCAAAAGAAUAAUUUAAAAAAAAAAAAAAAAGCAGACUCCAGUUCCUACUCCAAACGUAGUUCUGUUACGUUAGGACAGCAAAGACACGGCUGAAUAGAAUUCCUGGGGUGAUUUCACCUGGAACAGCAUGUCGGGCCGCAGUGUGCGGCUGAGAUCAGUUCCCAUCCAGAGUCUCUCUGAGCUGGAGCGGGCCCGGCUGCAGGAAGUGGCUUUCUAUCAGUUGCAGCAGGACUGUGACCUGAGCUGUCCAAUCACCAUUCCCAAAGAUGGGCAGAAGAGAAAGAAAUCUUUGAGAAAGAAACUGGAUUCACUAGGAAAGGAGAAAAACAAAGACCGAGAAUUCAUCCCACAGGCAUUUGGAAUGCCCUUAUCCCAAGUCAUUGCAAAUGACCGGGCCUAUAAACUCAAGCAGGACUCACAGAGGGACGAACAAAAGGACGCGUCCGAUUUCGUGGCUUCCCUCCUCCCAUUUGGAAAUAAAAGACAAAACAAAGAACUCUCAAGCAGUAACUCAUCUCUCAGCUCCACCUCGGAAACACCAAAUGAGUCAACGUCCCCGAACACCCCAGAACCGGCUCCUCGGGCCAGGAGGAGGGGUGCGAUGUCAGUGGAUUCUAUCACAGAUCUUGACGACAGUCAGUCUCGACUACUAGAAGCUUUACAACUCUCCUUGCCUGCCGAGGCUCAUAGUAAAAAAGAGAAAGCCAGAGAUAAGAAACUGAGUCUGAAUCCCAUUUACAGACAGGUCCCCAGGCUGGUGGACAGCUGCUGUCAGCAUCUAGAAAAACACGGCCUCCAGACAGUGGGGAUAUUCCGAGUUGGAAGCUCAAAAAAGAGAGUGAGACAAUUACGUGAGGAAUUUGACCGCGGGGUCGAUGUCUCUCUGGAGGAAGAGCACAGCGUUCAUGAUGUGGCUGCCCUGUUGAAGGAGUUCCUGAGGGACAUGCCGGACCCCCUUCUCACCAGGGAGCUGUACACGGCCUUCAUCAAUACUCUCUUGUUGGAGCCGGAGGAACAACUGGGUACCUUGCAGCUUCUCAUCUACCUUCUACCUCCCUGCAACUGUGACACGCUCCACCGACUCCUCCAGUUCCUCUCCAUGGUGGCCAGGCACGCCAACGACAACGUCAGCAAAGAUGGGCAAGAGGUCACUGGGAACAAAAUGACAUCUCUAAACUUGGCCACCAUAUUUGGACCCAACCUGCUGCACAAGCAGAAAUCCUCAGACAAAGAAUUCUCGGUCCAGAGUUCAGCCCGGGCUGAGGAGAGCACAGCCAUCAUCGCUGUGGUACAGAAGAUGAUUGAAAAUUAUGAAGCCCUGUUCAUGGUUCCGCCAGAUCUCCAGAACGAAGUCCUGAUCAGCCUGUUGGAGACCGACCCCGAUGUGGUGGACUAUUUACUCAGAAGAAAGGCCUCCCAGUCAUCAAGCCCUGACAUGCUGCGGUCGGAAGUUUCAUUUUCUGUGGGAGGAAGGCACUCAUCCACCGACUCCAACAAGGCCUCCAGCGGAGACCUCUCCCCUUAUGACAACAACUCCCCAGUGCUGUCCGAGCGCUCCUUGCUGGCUAUGCAAGAGGACGCGGCCCCGGGGGGCUCAGAGAAGCUUUACAAAGGGCCGGAGCAGUACGUGCUGGUGAGCCACUUGCCAUCGUCGAAAUCAAGGGAGAGUUCUCCUGGACCAAGGCUUGGCAAAGAUAUGUCAGAGGAGCCUUUCAAUAUCUGGGGAACUUGGCAUUCAACAUUAAAAAGUGGAUCCAAAGACCCGGGAAUGACAGGUUCCUAUGGAGACAUUUUUGAAAGUAGCUCCCUGCGACCGGGGCCAUGUUCCCUUUCUCAGGGGAACCUGUCCCCGAAUUGGCCUCAGUGGCACGGGAGCCCCACAGAACUGGAACGUGGCCGGCAGGUCAUUCGGAGGACUCGGACCACGGCCACCGUGGUAGAGUGCACGGCCUGCCCUCCCGUGUCGCGGGUCUGCAGCACGCCCCACAUCCAGGGCGGCGGCAGGAGACCCGAGCAGGCCAUGCCCAAGGCAGGGCGGUAUUUGACUCUGGGCAGUGCCGAAGACCUCACCCAGAGCGAGCUAGACACUGCCUGGCCGCAGAGCAGAGCCAAGCCCUGGCACCAGAGACCUCGAGAGGGUGAGAAGCGUGACAAGAGGCCUCCUCCUCCUUAUCCUGGUCCAGGGAAGCAGGCUUUGGCGUCAGCCCGCCAGCCUGCCGAGUCACUGCUGUGGAGGCCUCAGAGGCCCGAAGAAGGUUCCAGAACAGCUUCGGAAGAGCCUCGGGCCACUGAGCAAAACCCGAGCACUGCCUACUCCGGUCCUGCCGGCGAUCAGAACAGCAAGACUUUGGGCGACCCCGAGUGGCUCGACUGGCAGAGAGAGCGGUGGCAAAUCUGGGAGCUCUUGUCCACCGACAACCCCGACGCCCUCCCGGAAACGCUGGUCUGAGCCCACCCGAGUUCGUGCCCCCACGUCCCAAACAGCCUUCUUUCGCUCAGUAGGGACAUCAAAUCAUUGUAGGGACAAUUGGACACCUUCUACUUAUUUUUCUUCUUUUACACUUUAAAAAAAUAACACAGGAGAAACCGAGUUCACUCAAAGAUAGAGAGCACUACCCUUGCCAUUGAUAAUAAAGUUCUAUUGCAUAGCCAGCCUUAGGAGAAAACAAAAACAAAACCGGAUGGCGACAUCCAAUCGAAAAACUACUCACUUUGGCUCUGUAUAAGAUAAAACUCUUGCUUUGAUAUCGCUUAAUUGUAUUUAUGUGACUUCCGUUCUGACUGUUGUAUAUUCUGUAACAGAUUAUGUAUGAUAAUCAUAUAUGAUAUAUUCACAGAAACAGAAGGAACCAUUUUUUUUUAAAUCACUUCACGCAUACUAAGGAGUGAGAUUCCAUAGAAUGUUCUAGAAUAUGCACAAGCAGGUUUCUGUGCUUUUGCCAUAGCUUUUUAACUGGGGAUAGCCCUUCCUUCAAUGCCUAAGAAAAAACGCUAACACAACAAAACAAAACAGAAUAUGCCAAGCCAUAUUUUUAUAUAGUAGUGAGAUACCAAAAAAAAAAAUGUAGUCACCGAAUGCUUUUUCAUAUUGAAUAUGUUUUAAGGAGAAUAUUAAAUUUGAUACAUUAUGGAAUAUAUUUUUAGAAUCUGUUUAGGAAGGUUUCAGUUAAUCAAACAAGAGAAAGGCCGUGCCUAACAAAGAAAGAAUAAUUAAGUUGUCCUUCCCAGUUUAGAUCAAAUUCAGUUUUAUAUAGACCAUAUAUAAUAUAUAUUUAUAAUGUAUAAUUUUUAUGUAUUUUCCAAAACUACAAACUGGAAUCCAACUAUAAAGUGUUUAAGAAUCCAAAUGGAGUAUUCAAA